CUUUUUUAUUUUUUCUCUUUCGUCCCAUAUUCCUUCCCAUAAUCCACCCGCUUCUAAUCUUUUUGAAUUUCUUUCUCGCUCGCCCGCCCAAGUCUACAUUCCUCCCGACCCCUUGUCACUUUACCAUACUGUUUUUCUUUCACGUCUUCCUCCCCUCUGCUUAGGAUUCCAGCGAGCUGGUCCUUUGUUAUUGUAUCCACCUUCAUAUAGCUCGGAGUUCGCCAACGAUAUAACGACUUUUUCUCCUUCGUUAUCACUUGCCACCAUACCCUCGCCAUGUCGACGUUUUUCUACGGUCAGCAGCAGCAGCAGCACCCUCACCACGGCGCCACCGCACACAUGGCCUCGAACAACCACCACGGCGGUCGCUCUCGACGAGGACCCAAGAUGGCCGCGCAGAACGCUCAGCGCCAGUUCCGAGGUGUCAAGAGCAUGAGGGAACUCGCCGAAGCCCCUGCCGUCUCUGCUUUCCGCGCUCGAUUCGAGGCUGGCCGGUCUUUUGAUCUGGACGACGACCUGGAGUUCUGCCCUGGUCUCCUGACGGAAGAUGAUCUGCACUCAAUCCAUUCCGCUUCUUCCGAUCGGUCCUCUCUCUCCAGUGGAUCUCCCGACACGUCUCCCCUCCAGCAUCAAAUCCAGCCUGUCCAGCAGGUCACGCCGUCCAUCUCCCUUUCUCCUGCUUCCAGCAACUCGUACGUUCAUUCAGGGAUUUCCGGCAACCUUAAUCACGUGAACUACCAGCAGCCGUCGGCGGCUCGCACCCGCAAGGUCAUCCCCAUCGUCAACCCUCACACCGGGAUGACCCUGACCAGCCCGCCCACGUCUAUCUCGCCGGCCUCGAUGCAGCAUGCUCAGCGUCGAUGGUGAGGAGCAUCUUCCCUCGCCAGUCGCCACUUCUCUGGCUCAUGGGCAUAAGUCCAUGACAAUGUUUUCCAAUUCGUCCAGCUUCUGCAUCAUCGGGCUCCCUAACCGCCGGUUUUAAUUAUUUUCUUUUUGCGCUUGUUUCCUGUUCGACACGGCCAUCGCAUCCAUUACGAUCAAAUCCGGGUGAUUCGAUCCCCCGUGGCCUCCGACCCUCGCGAGUCCGCUGGGCCACCCGGUGAUUUUCUCUGUAUAUACACCUUUCUCCGAUGACGACCUUCAGCACUUUUCUCUCUAGACUGAUGCUUUCGACUUUCUGCGAGCGACGGCGCCUGCGAUCGAGUUUUGCAUUCAAACUUCCUUAUUUUCCCAUCGAUACCUUGUUUUUUAUCAUUCGGUUAGGGGCAAAAACAAUUAUUUCCUGGCCUCGACGUUACUGGCCGCGAUGAUGUAUAGAAAGCGCGGCGGAUUGCCAUUUGGGCGCG